AUAUUAAUAUCAGAAUGUGCUUGCGAUAGCUUCUUCUUCGGCAUCACUAUGCAUCUUUGCGGUCAGUUGGAGCUCUUAAGGAUACAGUUUACGGAGAUCGGCAAAAAACGCUAUGGGGAAAAGCGUCAUGGAAAUAUUUUGGGGCCACUCGUCAGAAGACAUUGCCAGCUAAUAGCGCUGACCAAGAAUAUUGAAGACGCUUUUAGUGUCAACAUUUUACUGCGCCUUUUAAUAAUUAGUGUAGUCAUUGCUGCUUCAGGAGUAGGGGUUCUCUUGUCAAUCAAACACCAAGAUUACAAGGAAAUGAUAAAAAUGUUCAUGUCCAUUCAAUUUUAUUUAGUACAAACCUUUUUGUAUACGUAUGCCGGAGAUAUCUUGCAGAAUCGAAGCGAGUCAAUUGUUUAUGCCAUAUACAGCACAGAGUGGGACGAAAUGUCACCCGUCAUGGUGAAGGAUCUGAUAUUCAUUAUGAUGAGAAUGAAGACUCCUCUUCGAAUUAGCGCUGGAAAAUUUUUCUAUCUUACGCGAAACACUAUGACAGAUAUCUUGAGAACCACCUUAACGUACAUAUCGUUUUUACAAGUGACAAUUAACAAAUACGAUAAUUCUCAAUAA